GCUUUUCACCACACCACUGACUAUUUAAACAUCUGUUCAACUUCACCGACCAUGUUUUGUAAUAUUCUGAAACGCUCCUUUCAAUCGAAUAUCAGGAAUGUAAAUAACCUGAAUGUGCUGCGGUUGAGCAGCUCCAAUGGACCCCAAAGCGACAUCCAGGAUGCACUGGACAUAGAGGCCAAUCUCUUCGGGAACUCAAGUUUGAAGCACGAACCGGUAAACACGCGGGAAGCUUUACGCAAGAACAGAACAAAAUCGUUUGUGCCGAAGAAAAGCAAGGAACCCAGUGUUCCAGUUGCACCUCGCAAGUUCGCGGCUCCCGUACAACCCGCUCCUCGGACAGCUCCAAGUCCUGCUCCCGUGAUCAAGGACAGUGACCUGAAUCUGGAGUUUGUGCGUCUCACCUUGCAGGAUCCCUUGACCAGCACUCUGUUGACUGCAGUGCGUUCCCGCAAGCGACGGGACAAGAAUCGACAGAUCAUCGUCGAGGGCAGGCGGCUCAUCCAGGAAGCCCUGCAAUGUGGACUCAAAAUGGAGGCUCUCCUCUUCAGCCAGAAGGAUCAGUUGGCUUUGGUGAAGGAGGAAGUGGGCAGGGCGCAGAUUGAGACCCAUGCCAAGAUCUACAAGGUUCCGCAGCACGACCUCAAAACAUGGUCCUCACUGGUAACCCCUCCUGGUCUAAUGGCCAUUUUUGAGAGGCCUUCAGACAAAGGCUUGGAGAAGAACCUAGCCGAGCAACAGCGUCUGGGCACUCAUGCCUUGCCAAUUACAGUCGUGUGCGAUAACAUAAGGGAACCGAAUAACUUGGGCAGCAUCAUAAGGACCUGUGCCGCUCUGCCCUGCAGCCAGGUUGUGGUCACCCAUGGCUGCUGCGAUCCCUGGGAGUCGAAGGCCCUAAGAGGAGGCUGUGGCGGUCAGUUUCGAGUGCCGAUACGGGAUGAUGUCCCGUGGGAAGAGGUCCCAUUGACCAUUCCCCCAGAGGCAGCAGACAACUGCCACGUUUUCAUUGCGGAGAGCAACCAACAGAAGCGGGAGAACAACCAGACCAUCGAUUAUGCAGAGAUCAAGGAUAUCGGAGCCCAUAACAUGCUCAUCAUUGGCGGCGAGAGUCAUGGGGUCAGUGAGGAAGCUUACAGUUUCUUGAACUUGGUCGGACGCAAGGGAAAGUGCGUAUACAUACCCCUGGCAGCUGGCAUCGAUAGCUUGAACGUUGUUGCUGCUCUGACAUUGUUGCUCUUUGAGCUCCGACGAAAUCUAAAUAUCCAGACGGCGGAUAAGAAAUAAGAUUUGAACCCAGAGCCUAAGAUAAAAGUAUUUCAUUAAAAAACAGAUUGCUUAAAAAAA